AUGGCAGGGACGCAUUCAGAUGGAGAAGAAAGGUUAAACUGGAUAGAAUUCUGCGACAGACAAGCAAGAUCAGCAGCUGCGGAGUUCGCAAAAGCGUUUUGUACGUAUGUGAGCGUCAGUCUUCCAGAAAAUGCGAGGACAACUGUGUCACACAGAGAUUUCGUCAGAAAAUUCCUCGAUUGUUUCGUUGAUCAUUUUGAAAUUGAAUACUCUAGAAGAAGUCUGAUUAACCAAAAAGAUAAAUUCGUUAACGGCAACAACGUGUUCGCGGCAUCGUCUGCAAACGCUUUACGCGCUAACAGUCACGAAGAAUUUAGUGAUUACUCCGAACACGAAGCGGAUUCGCCAUCUCCGAAGACGCAGCACAAGCCUUUUUUCCGACGGCUCUCUUUCAAGGGACUUAAAAAAGGUAAAGGUUUCUUCCAUAAACAACAUUCAGAUGAAGUUGAACUGUCAUCGCAUCAUCAUCACCAUCACCACCACCACCACCAUCAUGACAGACAUUCAAAACAUGAUAAACAUUCCAAAACAAAAUUAGCGAAAAUUGUAGUUGAGUGUAGGAAGGAGGGAAUAGUGAACUUUUUGAUGGGUGAAAAUAUCGAUGGAACACAAAAGUGGGAAAAGUGUCGCCUGGCAUUGGUGAAAACUGUUGGUGGCUAUAUGCUUGAGUUUUAUUCACCGCCUAAGGCAGUGAAACCAAAGAGUGGUGUAUUUUGCUUUCUUAUUACCGAAGCAAGAGAAACAACUGCUUUAGAAAUGCCAGAUCACGAGAAUACCUUCGUGUUAAAGGCGGAAAACAACAUGGAGUAUGUUAUCGAAGCACAUGAUACAGAUGACAUGCGGUCGUGGCUUGCCACAAUUAAAUACUGUAUGCGUUCUCCAAUGCCAACCAGUGAUAGUCAGGAUGGGAGCCGCAGUCUGCUAGUGAGCCAGAGUGAUUCGAGAGGUGUACCAAAGACUGAAGGUGCAGGAGAUGGUUUAAGUGCAGAAAACCCUCCUGAGCUGCCACCGAGACUUCAAGCAGCAGGACUCCCUCGUGUAGCGUCAGACACUCCGGGACUUCGUCUUUCCAGUAACAGUCAUUUUGAACUCUGUACGUCCCACACAGAUAUAGAGCAAUCAGCUGCACCAGUUCCAGAAACGGAGGCAGAUUUAUCGACUGCACUUAAAGAGUACCCAUGGUUUCAUGGAACAUUGCCGAGAUCAGAUGCAGCUCAACUUGUCUUACGCGACGGAGCUGCUGCACAUGGUGUCUUUCUUGUGAGACAGAGUGAAACACGCAAGGGUGAAUUUGUGCUAACUUUCAACUUCCAGGGAAGAGCAAAGCAUUUACGAAUGACGCUCAGUGACCAAGGCCAGUGUCGUGUUCAACACCUCUGGUUUACCAGCAUCUUCGAUAUGCUGGAUCACUUCAGACAACAUCCAAUUCCACUAGAGUCAGGUGGCACGGCCGAUGUCACGCUGACUGAGUACGUUCUGGCACUGCCUCCGGUCACUCCACCGUCCACGACGAGGCCUGUCGUGCCAUCCGCUGCGGCAACCUCGGUUCCUGCCCAGCCCACAGUGCAGCAGCUCCCACCUCAGCCGCAGCCGCAGCCUGCAGGGCCGCAGCAGCCACAGCAGCCGCCAGCCGCGACGCCGGCCGUCAGCGGAGCAGCAGCUGCCGAGGCCAGGAGCCGGCCACCUCCUCCCCCAGAACCCAUCAGAGAAGUUUGAGUGAAGGGGGCCUUCAGCACUCAAGUCAAACUGCCAGAGAAAUUAUAAAGUGAUAACAUAUGGAGGAUCAGUUCGAACAAGAACAGAAUCAUUAGAGAACUUGCAGCAGGAAAGACAAAGUGGAUCUGGUGGAUCAGUU